UCGUGCGUGUUGAUAUUCAACAUCGAUAGCCUCUUUUGCGCUUUCGAUCUUACACUCUUUUUUUCUUCACCACACCACCGCUUCACUCUUUUAGCGGGCAUUCGUUAAUCAACGCACGAAUUACCAUUCUGCGAAACACCUAAUCACCACCGACAAAAAAUCACACAAGGAGCAAAGCAAAGAACAUCAAUAUGAAGGGAACACUUGUUGCGGCCACCGCGGCCAUCCUCGCCGGCGGCGCGAGCGCGCACAGAAAUCACCACCGUCACCUCCACCAGCCCUUGUUCGAGAAGAGGGUUCACAACGAGAGCGAGAUCUGUGUCCCCGGCUGCACCACCAUCUGGACCACCAUCACUGGUCCUGCCGGCCUCUACACUCCUCCCGCCACGGCCGCGCCUGCCACCUCCUCGGCCAUCACCACCAGCGAGGCCCUGCCCACUCUCUCCUCCUCGAUGGGCUUCGCCAACACCUCCUCGAUUGCGGUCCCUAGCACCACCGAGGUUGUUGUGGUCCCGACCACCACCUCCAUGGGCCCCGUCACCGUCCCUACUCCGAUCCAGCAGACCUGCGCUACUCCGGGCACCUACACCUUCCCGGCCACCACCGUGGUCCUGACCGAGACCAAGACCGUCUGCGGUGCCUCUUCCACCGUUGUUCCUAGCGGCACCCACACUCUUGGUGGUGUCACCACCGUCGUCGAGACUGCCACCACCGUCGUCUGCCCCUACGCCACCACCAAGACUGCCGAGAAUGGUGUUGUUACCAGCGUCGUUGAGAUGACCACCUACGUCUGCCCCAGCGCUGGCACCUACACCAUUGCUCCCAUCACCACCACUGUCACCGACAGCACGCCCGUCACUGUUGUGGUCCCUGUUGUCGAGACCUACUGCCCCGGCAUCUACUCUGCUCCCGCCGUCGUCACCACUGUCACCGAGACCAACGUUGUUGUCUACUGCCCCUUCACCUCCGUUGGGGAUUCUCCCGUUGCCUCCUCGACCCAGGCUCCCGAGCCCACCACCUCCGUGGCUGCUCCCGUUGUCUCCGUCGCUCCUCCCGUUGUCUCCGUCGCUCCUCCCGUUGUCUCCGUCGCUCCUCCCGUCGUCUCCGUCGCUCCCCCUGUCGUCUCCGUCGCUCCCCAGGAGCCCUCGAGCACUUCUUCCGCUCUCCCUGUCGUCUCUGUCGUCUCUUCGGUUUCCCAGGAGCCCUCGAGCACUGUCGCUUCUUCUUCUGCCGCCCCCGCGCCCACCGCGCCCACCGGCAACCUCGGCGGCAAGGGUGACAAGUGGGCCAUGACCUACACUCCCUUCACCCAGGACGGCCAGUGCAAGAGCGCUGCCGACGUCAUGACCGACGUCAAGUCCAUCGCCUCGGCUGGCUUCACCACCCUCCGUGUCUACUCUACUGACUGCGACACUCUCCCCAGCGUCGGUGCCGCUGCUGAGGCCACUGGUCUCCGCCUCAUUCUCGGCAUCUUCAUUGGCACUGUCGGCUGCGACAACGGCUCCCCCGAUGUCGCUGACCAGAUCGCCGCCAUCAAGUCCUGGGGCCGCUUCGACAUGGUUGACCUUGUUGUCGUCGGUAACGAGGCUCUCUUCAAUGGCUUCUGCACCGUUGGCCAGCUCAAGGACCUCAUCUACCACGUCAAGUCUGAGCUCGGCAGCGCCGGUUACUCUGGUCCUUACACCACCACCGAUGUCGUCUCUGCUUGGCAGUCCAUGGACGUGACCGACAUCUGCAACGCCAUCGAUGUCGUUGCCUGCAACGCUCACGCCUACUUCAACGCCAACACUGCCCCCGAGCAGGCCGGUACUUUCGUCGCUGGCCAGCUCGACAUUGUUGAGAAGAUCUGCAACAAGCCCGGUUUCGUCAUGGAGACUGGCUGGCCCACCGCCGGUGAGUGCAUUGGCAAGGCGUGCCCUGGUUUCGAGCAGCAGGCGACCGCUCUUGCCGCCAUCAAGCAGGAGAUGGGCAAGAAGGUCGUCUUCUUCUCCUUCAGCGAUGACCACUGGAAGCAGCCUGGUUCUUGCAACUGCGAGCAGCACUGGGGCUGCGGUCAGGUUUUCGGUGUCCUCUAAAGCGUGAACAAGAUAUCAGGAUUGUAUAAAUGAAGCUGUUGGAUACGGUUGGAUAUAGAGGAUGUUCUUUCCCAUUCUCCCAUUCUUCUCUUUCAGGAUUUGUGUCUUGAUUUUGGAGUAAUAGGAGGGCGGGGAAGAGG